GACGUUUUUAAUAAACCAUAUUGACGGUUAUUAUGGACCGCUCAGAGAGCGUUAACGCCGAUCCAGUUAUGGUCAGCAACAACGAAGUAGAUCGCUGUCGUUACUGGAGGAAUUGGACAGGUUUUUGGUGGCUUGGCCUUUGUAACAAUUUUGCCUAUGUGGUGAUGCUAAGUGCUGCACACGAUAUUUUAAAACAACAAGAGAAGCAGAACGCCACAUCUCCUACCCCACCUACCGACCUGCACUCUGGAGUCGGGAAUAGUAGCAAUAGCAGCCGCUAUGAUUGCAACCCUAUCUCCACAGCGGCUGUACUGCUGGCUGACAUUCUCCCCACUCUCUUCAUUAAACUCACCGCGCCUUUCUUCAUACACAAAGUUCCUUAUGGUUUUCGUGUUUUGGUGUGUGUCAGCACGGCUGCGACCAGCUUCCUCGUGGUGUCUUUCUCCUCCACUGUGUGGAUGAGCAUAUUGGGUGUUGUCUUUGCCAGUGUGAGCUCAGGCCUGGGUGAACUCUCCUUCCUCUCCCUCUCUGUCUAUUUCGACAGGGAUGUGUUGGCAGGAUGGGGUUCAGGGACAGGCGGAGCGGGUGUCGCGGGAGCCCUCAUAUACUCCGCUGUCACGCAGGCCGGCGUGCCACCGCGGGUUACGCUGCAGAUCAUGCUGGUGGUCCCUGCUGCCAUGGUCCUCAGUUACUUCUUCCUGCUGGUUUUCCCUCCAGUAUUUCCACAGUGGAGGCCUGGUUCGCUCUCUGUCGACGGGGACUCGCGGGAAAGACGACCACUAAUGGAGGAUUCUGAUGACGAAGAGCAGUCAGCGGAAGAACAGCUGCCAGAGGACAAACAUAUCGGGCCCCUGACGUUCGGUGACAAACUACGCAUCAUAAAAGACUUGCUGAAGUUCAUUUUUCCUCUGGGUAUGGUCUACUUCGCUGAAUAUUUCAUUAAUCAGGGUCUGUUGGAGCUGCUUUAUUUUCCAAUAUCCAGACUGUCCCAUGCAGAGCAGUAUCGCUGGUAUCAGACUCUGUACCAGGUUGGGGUGUUAGUCUCUCGCUCCUCGCUGUGCUGUCUGAAGAUCAGGAAACUCUGGGUUCUGUCACUGUUGCAGUGUGUGAAUGCCGUGUUCCUGGGUUUGGCUGUAUAUUAUCAGUUCCUGCCAAAUGUGUGGGUUGUGUUUAUCAUCAUCCUCUAUGAGGGUUUACUUGGAGGAGCAGCUUAUGUUAACACCUUUUACUUCAUCAGCAAGGAGACCGACGAGCGAGGAAGAGAGUUUGCCAUGGCGACGGCCAGUGUUGGUGACAGCCUGGGCAUCGCACUUUCUGGAGCUGCCGCUUUCCCUGUCCACAAUUACUUUUGCUCACUCUAACACAGAGACCAAAAGGAGACGUCAGGGGAAAAACAAGAGGAGGCCAGGAGAAACUUUGUGAAAUAUGAAAAGGAGGAGCAUAUUCACCAAACACUUUUUCUCUCUACCUCCCUCCAAGAGGCAUUC